CGAUUGAGUUGAGUUCGAGCAGAGACUUUGAGUGAGAGAUAAGGACAGGAGUUCCUGAUCAACCCUGAGACGAGGCACUGCAGCGCCCGCGCCGUACACUUACUUUUAACGCGAACACUAGAGUAGUGAUCAGCAAGGCACAGCACUGCAGCGCCUCUCAGUCUCUCUCACACAAACACACACAUACACCCGCGCACACAUUCAGUAUAUACAAACUACUGCAAUCGCAGAAACCCUGUUCUCAUAUAAAACUGCCUCGCCUACUUUUCACAGUGGAUCUAACACCUCCUUACUACCUUGACAUGGGAGAUAUGGGAGACCCACCAAAAAAAAAACGGCUGCUAUCGUUGUGUGUUGGCUGCGGAAAUCAGAUUCAUGAUCAGUACAUUCUGAGAGUUUCUCCCGAUUUGGAAUGGCAUGCAGCGUGUUUGAAAUGUGCAGAGUGCAAUCAGUAUUUGGACGAGUCCUGUACCUGCUUUGUUAGGGACGGGAAAACCUAUUGUAAAAGAGACUACAUCAGGUUAUAUGGGAUAAAGUGCGCUAAGUGUAACAUAGGCUUCAGUAAGAAUGAUUUCGUGAUGAGAGCCCGCUCAAAGGUGUACCAUAUCGAGUGUUUUCGUUGUGUGGCCUGCAGCCGGCAACUUAUCCCCGGGGACGAGUUCGCGCUCAGAGAAGAUGGCCUUUUCUGCAGGGCCGAUCACGAUGUUGUGGAGAGGGCAGCAAUGGGAGCCGGGGACCCUCUCAGCCCUUUGCACCCUGCGAGACCUUUACAGAUGGCAGAACCUAUCUCUGCCAGACAACCCGCGCUUAGACCACACGUCCACAAACAGCCAGAAAAAACCACCCGGGUCCGAACAGUUCUGAACGAGAAACAGCUCCACACCCUGAGGACGUGUUACAAUGCCAACCCGAGACCCGACGCCCUGAUGAAGGAGCAGCUCGUGGAAAUGACGGGCCUGAGUCCGAGGGUCAUCCGGGUCUGGUUUCAAAACAAACGCUGCAAGGACAAGAAAAGAAGCAUCUUGAUGAAGCAGCUCCAGCAGCAACAGCCGAACGAUAAAUCGAAUAUCCAGGGGAUGACGGGGACUCCAAUGGUGGCUGCCAGUCCGGAGAGACACGACGGUGGUUUGCAGGCAAACCCAGUGGAAGUGCAGAGUUACCAGCCGCCUUGGAAAGUAUUGAGCGACUUCGCACUGCAGAGUGACAUAGACCAGCCUGCAUUCCAGCAACUGGUCAAUUUUUCAGAAGGAGGACCGGGUUCUAACUCUACUGGGAGCGAGGUAGCGUCAAUGUCCUCUCAACUACCAGACACACCUAACAGCAUGGUAUCGAGUCCCAUAGAGGCAUGAGCAACGUGGACCUAUAGAAAAUGACAGACUCGAACAGACUAUGGCUAACAAUCAGUUCAUUGAACCCGGUUGCACCAUCAUUAAUAAAGAGUACCCUCCAUUCAACUGCACGAAGCCUCUUUAUCCAAACAACCCCUGGUUGUGCGUGUACACUGUGAAGACAAUCGUGAGAUUUGCAGAAGCCCAAAGCAUGCUUCAGUGCAUAACGCGGAUUUGAAUUCUGAGAGUUGUAGGGAAAUGGGUUCAGCAUCUUCUGCACACCGUAGAGAUUAAUAAACGGACACGGCUUCUCUCAUCAUUUCUAAAUGGUGCGUUCUAUAUUGGAGGCCACGUUGUCAAGUUGGUUACAGCCUUGCCAAAAAAAGAAAAAGAAAAAACUACAUUUGGAAGAGGUCUAUCAUUUCUGCAAAUAAGUGAACUAAAAAGGAGACCUACAGAAAUGUCCCGAAAGCUGUACAGGAUCAAUGCUAAAAUGCAGAUCUGCAUUGCAGUGCUUUUUGGUUGACAUGUAACUCAAUGCCCAUUUGAUCCUGGUUAGUAUGUGACCGGUUCUUGAGAUUCUCCGCCCCAAAGAAGGUCGGAAGGGGACUGCAAAUAGCGCUUUCCUGUUUUUAUUUGAAUUCUUUCCUUAAAAGCCCAAGUACUAAAGCAUUGCAACAAGGUAUACCUCUAAUUUGCCACAAGCUUCGUGGAAUUUUGUGUGUGAAUGUGUGUCCUUGUGUCUGUCCAAUAACUUUUUUCCCAAAGAUGUGUAUAGUUGUUGAUUAAAACAACAGUUUUUAGCUCUGGAAAAAAGACUUUUUUUUGUUUGUUCUUGUACUGCAAAUAUAUAUUAUUUAUUAUUUAUUGUCGGAAGACUUGCCACUUUCAUGUAUUUGUUUUUGUUUUGUUUGCUGAAGUAAAAAGAGAAAGAAUUGUACUGUGGUCUUUGAAUUAUCUGUCAGAUUUUACGUGUCCUGUCUUUUCUUGAAGAUUGUGUAAAACAACGCCAUAUGUAUAUCUUCAGGACUAUUUCACAAAUAAAAGUUUGACAUAAGUCAAAAAAAGUGCAAUAAUUAUU